AAAAUAUCCAUAGACAAGAUUCGUGUGCUUUUCGAGUCUGCCAUGUUUUGUCCUAUUUGUCGCGCUUGGUCAACGCGAUCGCGUUUAUCGUUACAAACUGUUAUUUUCUGAAUGCAUUGCGGGCUGUGUUUUGUUUACAAAUAGUGUAGUUACCGGUGUUAUAAUUAUUCUAAUAGACUAUUGAUCAGUCAAUCACUUUUGAUACUAGUGCGUGCGACGGUGUAGUUCGUAUUUUAUGAAAUUCUAUAUUCGCUUGGUGGUUUACAACUGUCUCUACUUAGAGAAAUUCCGUCGCAAUAAUCGAAACAUUCUCAAAGCUAACUGUGAUUUCGUAAUAUUUUGUCUGUUUCGUCUGUGACGCAACCCACGUGCACGUAUUGUAGCGAGCAUCUCAUGCACAUUUGUUAUUAUUUUGUUCGCGAGUUCGAUUGGUACUGGUAGCAGUCGCAAUCGGAUCGACGAGGGGAAAACGCGGCGCGUUCGCUCGCUCGGUUCGCGUUCGAUCGGAGCAUUAAUAAAUAGUCGUUUGAUAUUUGACAGUGAUUUGUAAUUUGUUGUGAAUAAUUUUGUGCAGAAUAGUGUAGUUGUGGGUGUGCUGUGGCAGUGUGUGCGUCCGCCGUCGGUAGUCGGUACUCGGUGCAGCGCACAAGGCGCACACGGCGCACACGUGACUCGGGACGAGUGUUUGGGUGUCAGUGGUGUGUGGCUCGCGGGCGCCGCCACAGUCCGCCUGCAGUGCGGAGCGCGCGACGGCCGACGGGCGUCAGAGGUGAAUCACCGGCGGGUGCCGUUUUGAUCGUGCUUGUUUACCCGCGUGUGCAUAAGUGCGUGGAGCGGAAGUGCAAGGCAUGUGCGCCGCGCGUCGGCGCCGAUGAUACCGCCGUCCGAGGCGACGGCGUUUUGAGCCACAGUGUGUGUAAGCUAUGUUCUUUGGGUUAUGAGUGUGUGACAAAGUUAUAGUGUGCUGAGGACACUGGAGCCCCUAGACGGAGUUGGGCCCGCCGGGGCGGCCCUGGUGCUUCUCGGGGCUCCUCACGAAGGCAAAAUGGCAGCGUGGAACCGUCACCACCACUUCAUGCUCAUGGAUGAAAAUGCCAAAAAUAAAUUGGGCGUGGUUGGCGGCGGGAUGCCGGAGGUGGCCACCGGCGAGAGGCGGCAGGGGCCGCUCUACGGCAGACUGGUCGCCGAAGAUCAACUCCCGACCAUGAGCGCGCCGUCUGACAUUCAGGUGAGCGCCGCCGUGCGCAACCCUCGAGCUUUCUGCUGCUUCCGUACCCCGGCUCAGGCUAUGCAAGCCCGAAUACCACGUCAGUUUCGUGAUCCGUCGACGGCACCGCUAAGGAAACUCAGCGUAGACCUCAUCAAAACUUACAAACACAUAAACGAGGUAUAUUACGCGAAAAAGAAACGGAGAGCACAGUACCUGGGCGAGGAUGGCUCGCACAAAAAGGAGAGGAAGUUGUACAACGAUGGUUACGAUGACGAUAACCACGAUUACAUUAUCAAACAGGGCGAGAAAUUCCUCGACCGGUAUGAGAUUUCCUCGCCUAUUGGGAAGGGCUCCUUUGGACAGGUUGUGAAAGCGUAUGACCACGAGGAACAGUGUCAAGUAGCGAUAAAAAUAAUUAAGAAUAAGAAACCUUUCCUAAAUCAGGCACAAAUAGAAGUCAAGUUAUUAGAAAUGAUGAACAGAGCAGACGCCGAAAAUAAGUAUUAUAUAGUGAAACUGAAACGUCACUUCAUGUGGCGGAACCACCUGUGCCUAGUGUUCGAACUGCUAUCGUACAAUCUGUACGACCUGCUGCGCAACACGAACUUUCGCGGCGUCUCGCUAAAUCUCACGCGCAAGUUUGCGCAACAACUAUGCACAGCGUUACUGUUCCUUAGUCAACCCGAACUAAAUAUAAUUCACUGUGAUCUUAAACCCGAGAAUAUAUUACUAUGCAACCCGAAAAGGUCAGCUAUUAAAAUUGUGGACUUCGGCAGUUCGUGUCAACUAGGUCAAAGAAUAUACCAAUACAUACAGUCGAGGUUCUACCGGUCGCCGGAGGUGUUGCUCGGCAUCCCGUACGACCUGGCGAUAGACAUGUGGUCGCUCGGUUGCAUACUCGUCGAGAUGCACACGGGCGAACCGCUGUUCAGCGGCGCCAACGAGGUCGAUCAGAUGAACAAGAUCGUGGAGGUGCUCGGCAUGCCGCCAGAUCAUUUGCUUGAUCAGGCUCACAAAACUAGAAAGUUCUUUGACAAAUUACCGGCGUCUGAGGGCGGUGGUUACGUAUUGAAAAAAGUCAACGGCAAAGACGGCAGCGGUUACAGGAAGUACCGCGCGCCGGGCACGCGGCGGCUGCACGACAUCCUCGGCGUGGAGGGCGGCGGGCCGGCCGCCAGGCGUCGCGGCGAGCCGGGACACUCCGUCUCGGACUAUCUCAAAUUCAAGGAUCUAAUCCUGCGCAUGUUGGAAUACGAUCCGAAACAGCGCGUGACGCCGUACUACGCGCUGCAACACAACUUCUUCAAGCGGACCGCCGACGAGUCGACGAACACACAGCAAGCGCAGUCGCAUCACCAACACGUGGGCGGCGCGCGGCUGUGGGGCGGCGGCGGCGGCGGCGGCGAGCGCGUGGAGCGGGUGGAGCGGGCCGAGCGCGCCGAGCGCGGCGAGCGCGUGGAGCGCGUGGAGCGCUGCGAGCGCAUGGAGGUCGAGAGCGUGCGCCGCGACGACGACAUGCUGCAGCCCGUCUGCACGCUGCAGCACAGCCCCGUCGCCAUACACUAGCGCCGCCGCGUGUGAACAGUGACGCAGUGACGAUCGCGCAGUGACACAGUGACACUCUGACACUCUGACUACGGUGACGCGGUGCCGGGUGACGCGGGUGACGCGGUGACGCAGUGACGCGGUGACGCGGGUGACGCGGCGACGGCGGAUGCGCACCGCCUCCGCCGGCCCGGCUCGAGCCGCGGCGGGACUCUUGGACUGAAUCCGAUAUUUAUAAUUCUAUAUUUUUAUUUAAUGCUAUAAGUCUGACUGUAAAGAAAAUAUUAUGGUGACCAUUUGUUACGUUGUAACGUGUAUUUGUAUUAUUUGUCUUAAUUGCUUCACUCGACAGUACUUAGACGAUGUUCCGAAUGAUCGCGUGCGGUCAUAUUCACCACAUCUGAACGCAUCAGGGGCAUGAAAGCUAGGUUUUUUUAUUGUUACGCAAUGCAUAUCAAGGACGCAAUAUGGUAGUAAAUAAAUAUUGUAUAUAAAAUUUAGACAGAAUUAUGAAUACAGACUGCAACAUAAACUGGAUAAUCUAUAGUUUAGUUACGAUCUAUGCUAGUUAGGCUUUCGUUCAGUUUUAAUUAAUGCAAGCUUUAUAUUUUGUAAAGUGUCGGCAACUGAUGACUGAAAUUCAAAGGGCCAAUGAGAAUUUGUUUUAUACACAAAUGAAGAAAUAGAAUAUUUAAGUAUUUUUUGUAAAUGCACAAAUCGAUUCGACUCGACUCGCACUGGACGUGUUUAAUUGUUUAAUAAAACUAUGCCCUCGCAUUUCAGAGUUGUUGUAUAAUGUAAAAUGUUUCGUUUCGUACGAUAUUGACUCUGGGUGUUACGUUGGAAGCGUAUAGGUUAUUUUGGACCCAUUGGAAUAUUCAGACGACGUGUAAAACAGAGAAUAGUGUAUAGAUAAUUCUAUAAAACACAAAAUGUACUUGUAGGUUAUGAGAAUGUUGAAUCAUAUAUAAAAUUUUUGGGUAUUUCAGAUAGGAGUUAAUAAAAUGAAUAACUGACUUGUUCAACCUUUUGGAUUUGAAUCUACAAUAGACUAACCUCAUUGCAACAGACUGGUCGAAACUUUGUAAUGGAAAUAUUUUGUAUAGCGUACACUGAAUCACUGCCUUAUUGUGCCGGAACUUUUAAGAUAAUCCCGCCACUAAUGUUGGAACUUUUUGUUUUACCAUGCACCGUCGCAACGAUGUAGCGACGUCUAGCUCUAUAUGAAACAAAUAAUUAUUUUUGAAAUGUAACAUUUUAAGACAAUUAACAAAAACACUAUUAUAAGCAUAAGCAAUACGUCGUGCUAAAUACCGUUGCCAGUUAGAAGUGUAUGAAACACGUGUAAAAUAAAUGACUACACUGGCAAUGAUAUUUCGCUAACAAUUAUUAUUUGAUUGCAUUGCUAGGUGUGUUGACCUGUUCAUAAUAAAAUAAAGAGAUGAGCCUUGAAAGACUUAAUUUAUAUUUAUGUAUUCUAUUGCUUUUGAAGAGAAUUUAUAAUCUGUAUAAACUUUGAUUCUCACAAAAGAACGUUAAUUAUGUUGUUUAGAAUAAGUGAAGAUUAAAGUAAAAAGUUGUGUUAGUGGCGGGCCAAUGUUGCGGCAAGUUUAUUCUGAACGCGGUGAUAUGUUUAGCAAAAUAUUAAUUUGAAUAUAAUUUUAGUAGCACUGACUGAAGGGAUAUUGCAUUCAGAAUAAAAUUGCCCAAGCGACAGAGACAAUGCAACUGAUAGCAAAUUAUUUCAUACUGCAACAUGUUGAUGCGAAUUUUUAUAAAACCCUCCAUGAUUGUUUUACUUUUAAAAAUAAACACUUGUAAGGUACAGGCUCUUUGUUUAUGGCCAUGAAGCAUUAAAGUAUUUUUCUAAACGUUUAUUUCCUUACUGAAUAUGUGCUGUCACUUUUGUUACAUUGUAGAUUUGAAUCUAUUUCUAAUCUUGCUGUUCUGUACUAUACAUUUUUCAAAUAUCUGUAUAAUAUUAAAGGUAAUACUUUUUUGCUUCAUGAGAUAUAGGGUUGUUAGAGAGAGUUUAAGGUUUAGAUAUGGGAUACGUGGAUAAUUUCAUAAUGAUAAUAGAGCAAUAACGAAUUAAUCAGCUGGCAGGUUUCCAUUGUAUAUGUAAAUUAUCUCAACAGUUAUUGAAUUGUGUUCAUUUUGUGUACCUUAUUGUACAUAUUUAUACAUAAUAUCCAUCGUAUUGUUUCAAUUCAGACAUUGUAUUGUAUCUGGUUUAAAUAUUGCAUAGUGAUAUGUAUUUGUUGCUCACUAAUUUAUACUUUAGUGACAUGGGACAUUAUGUUUUUACUUUUUAUUGUAAUGUAAUUAUGUAUUAUUUAUUACUUGAGGUAUGACUGGAGGAAAUCUGCCCUAACGACAUUGUAUUUUAUAAUAUAACAGACUAGUCGCGACGUUAAGUGAUAAAGAACACAUAAAACACCAACCUAUUCGAAUAUAGUUCUAAAUCCAUUACUCAAGGAUGGCCCUAGGUGUUUGCGCUUGAGUAUGUAUUAUACUAUACUAUUUAUUUGUACUGUGACAGAAUGGAAUUUGUGGAAUGUGAGAGAGAGAGAACGAGAGCGCGAGAGAGAGAGAGAGAGAGAACGGGUGUGGUGCGCGAUGAGCUAAAAUGUUUAUUUCCUAUCGGAUUGUCAGUUCGCAGGCACUGUAACAAUAAAAGGAUAGAGCUUUAUGUCACUAAGUUUUGUAUUUUAAAUCAAUAAACGAUAGCAAUGA